AUGUCCCCAUGGUGUCCCCAGGGCCAGGCUGGGUGGUGCAAGGUUGUGGUGGUGACAUGUGGCUUUGUCCCCCAUAUAAGGGGGACAACGGGCAGAGCCCCCCAGACCGCAGAGGGUGCUGGUGGUGUCCCCAGUGUCCCUGCGUGUCCCGCUGCCAUGUGGCCAUGCCUGCUGCUCGCUCUCGCCCUGCUGGGCACUGUCCCUGCCAGCCACCAUGGGACCCCCCGUACCAACCCUCCCCCUGCUGUGCCUGCAGCCCCCCGCCAGCCCCAGGGGGUCCCCGCUGGUGACACCACCGAGCUGCGCUACGCCGUGGUGACGAGGCUGCGCACCUACUCGGGCGCCCAGUGCUACUGCCAGGACGUGUACCGGGGCCAGCUGGCCUCCGUGCACAGCGCUGCCCGCAACCAGGAGCUGCAGAAACUGGCACGAACCUACCACAUGGUCAUCUCACCCUGGAUUGGAGCUGUCACCAGCCGCAGGGCAGGGCAGUGGAAGUCCUCCUGGGAGGACUCCAGCGCCUGGAACUACGCGAACUGGGCGCCCCCACCCCUCCCCUUUACCUGCACCACCCUUGCGUCACGACAUGGGCUCUGGCGAAGCCGCUUCUGCUUCCAGCUGCGCCCCUUCAUCUGCCAGUACUGA